AUGUUGAUGGCGAGUGCGCCAGCUCUGGCUCUGAGGGCUCUGGCUUUGGUUGCUGUGGUGUGGGUGCUCGUGGCCGCCUUUCCCGCCGCAGCAGCAACCUCAGCUGCCUCCGUGAAUGACGAGGAGGAGGCAGUUGUGAUUGAAGAGGACGACGCUGGCUCGCUGCGGAUUACAACGCGUGAUCCAAACAGCAAACUGUUCCUGAAUGGGGUGGAUGUGCUGCAACAGCUGGCGGAGCAGCGUGCGUUGCUGGACCAAAUUCAGCGCGUGCAGUGCACCCUGGCCCCGCUGAUCGACACCACGACCUUGGCAGGCGUCGGCUCACCUGCGGCAGGCCUCUACUCGAAUGCUGUCCGCGCCAACAAUGGUCUCAUUUACGGCAUUCCACGCAACGCUGACAACGUUGUCAUCAUCAACCCGUUGACAAACACCGCCGACACCACGACCAUGGCGUCCCCAGCGUUGCUGUCAGCCAGCGACAAGUGGGCAUCGGCCGUGCUGGCGCCAAAUGGGCUCAUCUACGGCAUACCAGGGGCACACGAAGCUGUGCUGGUGAUCGACCCGAACACCAACACCUUCAACAGCACCGCCAUCGUCGUGGGCGAGCCAAACGAGACCAAGUGGCAAGCCGCUGCCCUGUCCAACGAAGGCAAGAUCUAUGCCUUGCCCGUCAGCUCGAGCACGCCCAUCUUGGUGCUGGACACCGCGACCAACACAGCAUCGACGCUGCCCAAUCCUCUGAGCACGAUAGGAUUCGCGUGGACCAGUGCUGUGACUGCGCCCAACAACGACAGGAUCUACGGCGUGCCGUACCAGGCCUCGUUCGUGCUGAUCCUCGAUCCCGCCACCAACGCCACCGACGUCACCACCAUCAUGGGCCUGGGUGGAAACGCGAAAUGGGCCAGUGCUGCCCUAGCUCCAAGCGGUCUCAUCUACGGCAUCCCUCUCAACGCACUGGACUUGCUGGUCAUCAACCCGUUCACCGACACGGCUGACCGCGUCCCGCUCUCACAGGCUGCCCCAGGCACGCCAAAGUGGUGGGGUGCCGUCCCGUUGCUGAACAGCGACCUUAUUGUGGGUAUUCCACACGCCAUGACGAGUGUUCUGGUGGUUGACACGGCGACCAACGCCACGCGGGAGGUGCACGUGCCUGGCCUUGACACCGAUGUGUACUCCCGGUUCAUUGGCGGUGCUGUGAGCUUGUCCAAUCGCGUCUACGCCAUGCCGUUCGAUGAAGACGCCAUCCUCACCAUCGACGGCUCCUGCUUGUGA